CCCGGGGAGCCCCUAACUAGCCGAAGGGCAGGGCAGCACCUGCACCACAGACGGGGAUGGGUUGGGUUGCUGGGCUCUGGGGACCCUCCUUCUGCUUGUACAGGAAUGGGGCUGCUUUGCUUGCCUUUUCCUGUUGUUCCUGCCCUCUUCUGGGAUGCCCCAGAGGCCAGCUAAAGGCAGUGGUGGCGGCUGACCCUUUGAGCACUUCCUGUGAUCCAGAAACUCUUCUAAGCAUUUUACUUGUGUUCACUCAUUUAAUGGCCAGGGCCCCCCACCCUAUGAGAAAGGCUCUAAUACCAUCGUGGUACAGCCAAGGAAAUGGAGGCCUCGAGCGAUAAGGCAGAUUGCCCACUGUCAUUACCCUGCUUUAGAGAUAGUAAGGCCAUCCAGGAUCUGGACCCAGACAGUGUGACUCCAGGAGCCCUGGCCCAAGGCACCGGGACCCCUCCCGGGGCUGUCAGACCCAUCCUCCCAAACACUGAUGUCCCAAAGCCACCUCAAACUCAAUCUGGCAAUUGGUCACUUUUCUUCCUAGGUCACUCCUUCAGUGUUUCCUGCCUCCGUUGGUGCGGUGACUGCCACGGGAAACCCCCGUUUUACAGGUCCCCCUCCUUCCUACCUCUUACCAGUCUCUGCUCAGCUCACUUCCUGCAUUUGACAAGUACAGCUGGCCCACGGGGGCGUGGUGCUGGCUGUCACCUGUCAUUGCUGGGGCAGCUCAGACCCCACGUCCCACUGCCAGCCCGGUCCCCUUCAAACCCACGACCACCCACACGCUGCCCUGUGCUCAUCACAGAUUGGCUUCCCGAUCCUGUCGCUCUCCCCUGCUUAAAACCUUGCGGCGUCUCCCCACAGCCUGCAGGACGAAGACCAAAUCCUCCACCGUUUGCCUCCCCCGGACCUCGGAGCCGAUGUCUCACUAGUCCCCACGUUGAAACUGUUCCCCUGCUGAGCUGCCUGUCCUCUGUGCACAGCACCCUGUUGCCACCGUCCAGCCCUCUCCCUAGAUGGAGGACCCUGACACUCUGCCCCUACCUGCUGGCCGAGCACCUCGCUUGCGGACGCAGGAGGAGGGAGACGCACUGAUGUUGUCAUCAGACCUCUCCCGAAGCUUCUGCCAUCUCAUGGUCUCCAGGGGCUGGGGCUACGGCUCCCCACAAGCCUGCUGCAAGGAAACCCCACCCCCCCGGACAUGCGGUUCCUGGAGACCGGCCAUCCUCUCUGCACCGUUUUGCUAUUUGUGAAACCUAGGACAGCACCAGCCCCCUCAGCUGGAUCCUCCCCUGGCUCCCGCGGAAAAGCCACCGCUGGGAAUGGCUGUGCGACCAGGGCUUUGUGGCUUUUGAAUAACGGCUGUCGUGCGUUGUUUCUGGGUGGACGUGUCCUAGUCCAUCAGGCCUCCCCUGCCAGCAGGUAGGAUGGGGAUGUGGGGACCCGCCAACAGCGAGGACCGAGUGAACUGUAUGCCCCAAGUAGUAGAUUCAUUCCGUUCAGCUUGCUCUUACCCCAUUACAUAGAUGGUGGCAAAGGUCAGGAGACAGGCGGCUCUGGGUGAAGGGACUUGGUUGCAACACACAGCUUAGCAGCUUCCAGGUUCAUCUUAGGGACAUGUUCCGAGAUGAGCUGGGCCGAGAGGGGCCUCAGAAGCGUUGGGCAACCAUGGCACUCAAAGGGCCUCGGGAGCAGGAAGAGCUGAAUAAUGCUCCCCGUGAUGGCAAGUGAGCAGGCCUUUUCCGUGAGUGGGGUCCUUCCUCCGCCUCUGAGGCCUGGCUUCUGUGUGCUGGUGCUCAUAAUAGGCUCCCCAGGGCCCUUUCAUUAUGCUGACAUGAAUUAAGUUGAAUUGCAUUGAGUUGAAUUGGACUGAAAUAAAUUGAAUUGAAAGGCGUACAAACAAGUAUGAAUCUCUCGCUGAGUGCCAGGCCCCAGGGAAUCACCAGAAUCGUAAUACAGUCCCAUCCACACCCACUGGGCCUUAUAAGGACACUACCUCAGACUUGCA